AUGUCAGAAGAUGAAUUUUUUGGUGGUGAUAAUGAAGGGGUCUGGAAUGGCUCCAGAUUCAGCGAUUCGCCUGAGUUUCAAACGUUGAAAGAAGACGUUGCAGCAGAAUUAUUUGAGAUAAAUGGACAAAUAAGCACGCUGCAGCAAUUCACCACAACAUUGAAGUCAUUUAUAGAGAGGGGAGACGUUAGUGCGAAAGUUGUAGAGAGAAUUAAUAAGAGAUCCGUAACAAAAAUUGAAGAAAUAGGUGAGCUUAUCAAAAAGGUCAAUACUUCAGUGAAAAACAUGAAUGCUAUUGAGGAUGCGAGCCUGGAUAAAACCCAAAUAAUAGCUAGAGAAAAACUUGUGAGAGAUGUCAGUUAUUCUUUACAAGAGUUUCAAAGUAUCCAGCGGCAAUUCGCCGGAGUGAUGAAACAAGUUAAUGAAAAGGCAAGAGAAUCUCUUGAAGCUACUGAAAUGGCAAACAAUGUUGCUCUAAUGGAUGAAGAACAAGGAGAGGGUAGUCUAAUAAGUACUCGAAUACCAAGCAGCCAAAUAGUUGUCGAGAGGGAUCCAAUAAAUAACGAAGAAUUUGCUUAUCAGCAAAAUCUUAUCGAGCAGAGAGACCAGGAAAUAAGUAAUAUUGAAAGAGGUAUAACGGAGUUGAACGAAGUUUUCAAAGAUCUGGGAAGCGUUGUUCAACAGCAAGGCAUUUUAGUCGACAACAUUGAAGCUAAUAUUUAUACAACAUCAGAUAACACUCAAAUGGCUUCGGAUGAGCUAAGAAAGGCAAUGCGUCAUCAAAAACGCACGAGCAGAUGGAGAAUGUACCUGUUGAUUGUACUGCUCGUAAUGCUUUUUUUUAUAUUUCUCAUCAUGAAAAUUUAA